AUGGCCCCCAAGAACCGCAUCAUCAUUGAUACUGACCCAGGCGUCGACGAUGUCUUGGCCCUGCUGCUAGCUCUCAGUGCUUCACCCGAAGAGCUUGAAGUCGUCAUGUUAUCAGUCACCUAUGGAAAUGUACCGUUGCAGAGCUGUCUCCGCAACGUUGUAGCACUGUUUCAUGUGCUGGAGAAGGAAAUGAGCUGGCGCAAGUCCGCCGGCACGAGCGCCGGAUACGGUGCGCUGCACUCGUUCAAGCCCAUCGUUGCCGUUGGGGCCGAACAUCCGCUCGAAGACGAAGAGCUUGCGGCCGACUAUUUCCACGGCGUUGACGGACUGCAUGGUGUCCACGAUGCGCACCCACAUUUAUCUCCAGCCGACACCUGGCGCUCCCUGUUCACUGACAUCACGGACGAGCCAGCCAAGUCGGCUGAGCCGCCCUCCUACUCGGCAUUCUUCACUCCGAGCAAAACACCCGCUCACAAAGAGAUCCUCCGCAUCUUGAAAGAGGAGCCCGAGGACACUAUUACAAUCGUUGCCAUUGGUCCCCUUACCAAUGUAGCGCUGGCUGCAGCUGAAGACCCCGGGACCUUUCUGAGGGUCAAGGAGCUUGUUGUAAUGGGAGGUGCAAUAGGAAUCGAGGGCAACGUGACUCCUGUUGCCGAGUUUAACACCUAUGCCGACGCAGUGGCAACCGCUCGAGUCUUUGCCCUCACCUCGCCAAACCCGGCAUCAACCAUGCCUCCGCUGCUCCAUAGCUCCGUCUCCAUGACAUCCCUUCCUCCCUAUCCUGCUAACCUCCCUCGGCAGCUCAAACUCACCUUGUUUCCGCUGGAUAUUACAACCCCCCAUGAGCUCACGAGGGACUUCUUCUUUAAGGAGAUUGAGCCCCUCAAGGCCUCAGGCAGUCCGCUCGCACAGUGGGCUGCAACAUUCAUGGAGGGAACCUUCAACAAGAUUGAUUCAAUAGUCGGGGAGGGAGUCGAGGCGGGCCUUUCCUUGCACGAUCCCCUUACCAUUUGGUAUAUGCUACUCCGCGACGACCUAGCAUGGAAGGCUGUGCCGAAGUUGGAGGACAUUAGGGUCGAGACUUCGGGACAGUGGACCAAGGGAAUGCACGUAGUUGACAGACGGGGGGUUGCGAAGCCAGAGGGUCAGGAUUCGACGGUUGAGACACACCCAGCUGAUCCCCUGGAUGCCACCACAUUUGACGAGAUUCCCGGCGACACGAUGGGCUGGAAGAGCGCCAACAAGGGGAACAGGAUCAAUAGAAUGAUCGCGUCUCCUGGCGAAGAUGUCUUUGCGGGUGUCUUGAUCAAGAGGAUUUUUGGAUAG